AAGAGGAGUCGCUCAGGACCACAGCAAGUCAGGCUUAUGAUGAAUGGGUGACCAUGCUCUCUGCUUUGCCCCUGCUCAGCACAUCGACACUGAGGCUACCGUACUGAGCAAGUUGAUUUAUUUCAGUAUAACCAGAAAAUAGGGAAAAGGCAGACAAGAUUCCAAGCGGACAAGAUUCUUGGCGGAUUAGGGCGCUAUGGCGGACGAAAGCACUGGACUGGAUCGCUCGGACCUGAUUCUCCCCAUUGGUUAUGUAUGGACGCGUUCUUGGGACGAUGAUGAGGACGAGACUGCCGUUGUGCACCCGGAAACUGUGCGAUGGGUACGAGGGACGUUCUUCUUGUGUGACUCUUAAUCGUGCCUCUAUCGUCGUUCCCCUCCUCUCAGAUUGUUAAUACUGUAGGCUUCCGAAGGACAGCGUUUCGCGGUAUGAAGUUGUUAAGAGGUUCUUCGGUCCAUGUCGUACCAUAGCGAAUAAUGUGAAUACCGU